UCCUUGCGACGCGCUGCCCAGGUGUUCGGUGUGUUGCAGAGAUAUCCGGACCGUUUCCGAGCUUUAUCAGUGGAUCAGCACGACAUGGCCUAACGUGAUAUUCUUUGUCCAUGAACCUGGCUGUCACUCGGACGUCUGAGAUGCCGUCUUUCAUCACAAACUCCCUCAUCUCUCGGAGAAUGAAGCGGGAACACUGUUAAAAUGAAGACUGACACGGGGGUGAUAAUUUGAGGCGUUUGUGUUUAUAACUCGAGAGGGAGAAGCUAGCAGGUAGGUAGCUCGGAUAUCGAUUUGUGCGACCAUGGCUGGACUCAUCAAGAAGCAGAUCCUGAAGCAUCUCUCCAGGUUUGCUAAGAACCUGUCCCCGGACAAGAUCAACCUGAGCACGCUGAAGGGGGAGGGCCAGCUGACCAACCUGGAGCUGGAUGAGGAGGUUCUGCAGAGCCUGCUGGACCUGCCCACCUGGCUCGCCAUCAACCGCGUCGAAUGCAACAAGGCCGCCAUCAGGAUACCAUGGACAAAGUUGAAGACUCACCCAAUCUCUUUGACGUUGGAUAAAGUGGUGAUGGAGAUGAGCACCUGCGACGAGCCCCGUCCUCCUAAUGGCCCGUCUCCCAUAGCAACAGCAUCAGGACAAAGUGAAUAUGGCUUUGCUGAAAAGGUGGUAGAGGGCAUAUCGCUGUCCAUCAACUCCAUCGUCAUCAGGAUCAGUGCCAAGGCCUUCAACGCUUCCUUCGAGCUCUCGCAGCUGCAGGUCUACAGCGUCAACACUAGCUGGAGCAUCAGCGACCUGCGCUUCACCCGCAUCCAGGACCCUCAGAGGGGGGAGCUCCUGACGUUUAAAGAGAUCAGCUGGCAGAUGAUCCGCAUCGAGGCGGACGCCAUCCAGAGCACCGAGCACGAGAUGCUGAGCGCCCCCAUCCGCCUCAUCACCAACCAGUCCAAGAUCAGAGUCACUCUCAAGAGACGGAUUAAGGACUGUAACGUGGUGGCCUCCAAGCUGCUCCUCAUCCUGGACGACCUGCUCUGGGUGCUCACCGACUCCCAGCUCAAAGCCAUGGUGCAGUACGCCAAGUCUCUGAGCGAGGCCAUGGAGAAGUCAGCGCAGCAGAGGAAGAGCAUGGCCACCGAAGAGCAGGUGUCCUCAGCCCCCCCCUCAGCCCAGCAGGUGCGCACCCAGCAGGUGUCCUCAGCAGCGGACCAGAGUGCCACCAUGGCCAAGCUGUUCAGCGCUUACGACGUGUGCGAGACAUCCCACCACCUGCAGAUCACUCACCUCGACCUGCACAUCUGCGACGACAUCCACGCUAAGGACAAAGUGAGCACUAAGAGAAUAUCAGGUGGAGCCAUGCAGCUUUCCUUCAGCUCCAUCACUCUGGACUACUACCCUUUCCACAGAGCAGGUGACACCUGUGUCCACUGGAUGCACUACAGCGAGGCUACAAAAACCAGAGAGGGUUGGGCACGCAGUCUGCUUGAUGAGUUCAAGUCCAACGUGGAAAUGUUAAAGACCACCGUUCGAGAUCAGCAGGGCCCGGCCCCUGCACACAGUUCCCCACAGCACGGUAAGAUAAGCACCUCUUCCAGCGCUUCCUUCAGUCCUCCUCUCCCUCAAAGCCCCAAGACCCAGCUCAUGUCCAGCUCCGUUGUUCUCAGGAUGGCUGACUUCAGCAUAUACCAGGUAUCAACAGCAGACCAGCGCCGCUCCAGCCCCAAGACCAUGAUCUCCUGCAAUAAGAAGUCCCUGUACCUUCCCCCGGAGAUGCCAGCCAUCCAUGUGGAGUUCACGGAGUACUACUUUCCUGACGGAAAAGACUAUCCGAUCCCGUGUCCUAACCUGUACGCCCAGCUGAACGCCCUGCAGCUGGUUCUGGAUCCCCGCAGCCUGGUGUGGAUCAACCUGUUCACCCUCGACCUCAGGCAGAGUCUGGAGCAGUUCAUGGAGAUCUACAAGCUCAGCGACUCGCAGAAACCCGAAGAGCAUGUGGAUAUCAAGGUGGACGGCCUCAUGCUGAAGCUGGUGAUCCCCACAGAUCGAGACACUUCCUGUCCCGCCGAUCUGCCUCGCUCCAUCUCAGUGCAGACGUCCGAAAUGGUGGCCACCAACACCCGGCACCCGGCGAACUGCACCCGCUCCCACCUGGAGGCCCUGCUGCAGGCGUUUGAAGAGGAGCCCUUUUUCUCACCCUCUUUCUCCUCAUUCCCUCGCACCUCCUCCUCCUCACCCAUCCUCCAUCCGGUCUUUCAGCGCCACGCUCACGAACAAGACACCAGGCUCCACGACAUCUACCGGGGCCUGGUGGUGCCCACGCUGGGCACGGACGCCCUCAAGAUGCCGGCCGCUGCUGACUUUUGGGCACUGCACUUUGCACAGUUCUGGGUGGACUACGAAGGCACCCGGGGAGGGAAGGGGCGGCCGCAACCCUUUGUGGACUCCUUCCCCCUGACCGUGUGGGCGACUCAGCCCGCCAAGAUCGUCCAGCACCAGGAGAGACUCAGAGGGGGGUUGUCCCGGAGCACAUCUGGAGAGGCCGUGGCUCGUCUGCAGAGGAAACGAAUGUUAAAGGACUAUUACAGUACUGACGGUGCUCAGGCACAGAGCGCAACACCGCCUCCCAGUAACGGACUCCAUAAACCCCUCUCAUUGGACAGUCUGCCUUCCUCCUCCUCCUCUCUGUCUUCACCAUGUAAAGAUCCAGAUGUGCAGAUAUUGGUGCACGUGCAGAAGCAUUUAAGUGCUCAGGUGAGCCACCGGCAGUAUGUGUUCCUGAUGCAUCUCCAGCGCAGCAUCAAAGCCCUACAGCAGACUCUGCAGCAGGAUCUGGAGGCCAUGGGCUCCAAGAAGGACCGCAAGGACCCCUCUCAGAAUCCCGCAGACCACCAGCCCUUCACCGUCUGCCUGGGCCUCCUGCUCAAAGGUGCCGAGGUGUCCCUGCUCCUGAAGCCCGUCCCCCAGCCUGAGGGCUCACGCUCUCCGCUGGGGUCGGAGCUCUCCCCGUCAGAGAGCAGAGGAACUCUGGAGCCCGGAGGCGACGCAGGAGAGGGGCUGGAGAAGGGGAGUGAAGGAGCCGGAUCUGAAGGGGGAGCAGCCAGAGGGGCCUGCACUGUCGACCAGCUGUUAUGUGGUGAGGGCUCCGAGGGUCCCGCCCCCCUGGUUCCCAACACAACAUCACGUCUGGACUCGGAUCACAAAGCCUUACAGGAGGACAGGACUUCAGCUAAGAACUCUGGGAGGAGGAGUUCAGAUGAGGGGGGAGAGGCGGGAGCAGACGGUUCGGUAGGAAAUGAGGAUUUGGGACUGGACUCUAAAGCUCAGAUGGGGGACCCCCUGUCCGACUGGAGCGACAAAGACAAGGCCGGCAAGAUGCCUCAGUCUGUAUCCAGGAAAGGAAGUUUGUCUGUGGUUUCUGAUCUCCUCAGCUCCUCAAACUCCAGCAGAUCCACCUCCCUUUAUUCCAUGUCCAACAUUGGUCGUUUGAUGCGGGACCGCUCCCAGUCCAGUUUCUCCGUGUCCUAUAAGAACAUGAAGAAGAGCCCGUCCCUGCAGUCGCUGGACAACAUCUCCAUAGACAGCUACCUGAUGGAAGAUGGAGACACGUACAGUCUGCUGGAGAGAGAUGACGUGUCCAUGUCCGGCUUCAAGGAUGCUAUUAGCGAGCAGAGUGCCACUGAGAGCGCCACCGAGGCCACCAUUGGUCAAGAGCAGGAGGGGGGCGUGUCCCCCGACACCGUCAGCGCCACCUCCCAGAGCAUCGACGACCCCACCAAAGAUACAGUAUCGGUGCUGGUGCUGAAGGUGCAGUCGGUGUGUGUGAGCAUGGAGGCAUUUGGAGAGAGCACGACUGUGGCUCUCGAGGUGGGCCGGGUCACCCCCAGCCAGCUGGGCAACGUCAGCCUGAGACAGUACCUCAGCAACCGCAGCCUGGGUAUGGUGUGUUCAGUACCAAUACCUGCUCAGAGCAGCCAAGGUGGUGAGAUCCGCUCUGCGGCCCCCGGGGCCCUCCACAGUCCAGAGGUGCGGGCUCGCCUGGAGAGCGGCCCCUGUGCCGCCGCUCACUCCGUGCUGGCCGAGCGCAACGGCUUCCUGCAGCUGCAUCUCCAAGGAUACCAGGCUAACUUCCUGAUGUCCACGCUGCGUAACAUGGCCAACUUCCUGGAGGAUGACUCGGCCCCGCAGGUGCUGCCCAUGGAGAUCAGCGUCAGGGACACACACGUCAACCUGAAGGACGACGGCCCCCGGGACAAUCCCUCUGAGUUGGAGCCCUCGCCGAUCACGCUGCACGUGGACAGCCUCAUCAUACACCGGAGGGACGACGGCUCCUUCUCUAUAGGAGUGGACACAGCAGCGGAGACCGAGCCCAGGAAAGAGGUGUUGUUGAGUGACGGCGCUCUGACUCCGGUUCCUGAGGUUGUGGGUGUUUUCUGUGGUGUACCAAAGGCUACACAGACCCAAGCCCUACCCAGCAGCCCCCUGCUGUCUAACAGGGAAAAGGUGCUGAUGGAGGAAAACGAAUGUUUAAAGGUGGAGCUGUCCCGAGCCAAGAUGGCGCUGGCCGAGGCUCAGAUGGAGAAGGACUCGCUGCUGCACCGCAUGAAGAACCUGAAAGUGAACAGCAGCUAGACCCGCCUCUCUCUUGUUUCCUGGCCCUCUGCUCUGUGCGAUGCAGACUGACACUGAUGGGCAUCAUGUAAAAUGAAAGGCAACAUCAACAAGCAAAUAAAACGACUAAAACGUGCUUUCUUUGCUGAGAGAGCCAUCAUGUGACUUGUGACUUCAGAAUAAUUCCCUCAUAAAGCAAUGCAGAGUCUGUGAAGACUCAAAAAUCUACGUUUUUACGUCCUCCGCUUUACACUGCGGAGGCUUUGACAGAGUUUAAAAUUGACUCUGUUGAGGUGUGUGAGUGUGAGAGAAAGAGGAUAAGAAUCUAUAUCCGUGGCUGUGCGUACAGAAAUCGUUCACACACUAUUCCUGUUGUGCAUGUGAAACAGAGGAAUCACAGCUGACCUUAGACGAGCUCCAUUCAAUCGUGUACAUAUGAAGGAACACUGAAUGUCGUACCUUCAGAGGAAUGUCUAAAAAGAAACGACUUAUUUUGCACUGCACAUAAAUAAUAAUUUAGUGCUUUCAUAUUCAGAACGGACGGGACAAAUCAUGCUCUCUCUCGCCCUCCGAGUGUGUACAGUGUAAAUUGUAUAAGAAUGUGAACACAUGACUAUUUUCUUCAGAUCCUCCAAUGGUUAUGCAGUGUUUCUUUUUGAAUGUGUGUGUGUGUGUUUGUGUCGGCCAGAAACAAGCAUUUCAUUACAAAUAGAGGAUACAUUUAUAUCUGUCAGUUCCACAGCUUUGUCAGCAAAAUGACCCACAGUAAAGUCUGUAACCCCCCCAUCAUAUUUUUCUAUUUGUAAAUAGCUACUUAACAUGUGCAGCACUUUUAAAACAGAGGCACUGUAAAUACAACCACAACUGUGACAGAACAAAAGUGGAGAAAUGGGAACUAAUGUGUGCUCCCUGUUUAAAAUAAAUGAUAAUAGAGGAAGGAAAACAGGAAAAGGCACAUUAAAGCUGCCUGAUUAAAUAUAUUAAGUGUGUGUCUUUAUGUAGAUUUCUUAUCUGCCUUGUGUCAUUUUUUCAUGGAUGCUGGUGUUCCAUGCGUCAUCCCUUUGUGACGACUGCAGGGGAAACUCCUGAGUAGAUGUUAAAAAUGACAACACAAAGGACUAAAAAAAGGACAGUUUUGAGUUUUACAAACUUUGCUUUCAUGUAGUUUCAGUAAAUCUUCCAAAUCUCAGUAUGCAACAAUCAUAACCCCAACUUUAGCUUGGCCCAGUUCAUUUCAAUUUCUAUCUUUCCAAAAAUAAUUCUGGAUCCUGUAAAGACUAGUUCUCUGCACAAACAUGAUGUCAAGACUUGAAAGUGUCAGAGGUAGGAUUUUAACACGAUUGUAUGUGAAUAGAUUUGUUUGAAGGAAAUGAUUUUCUUUCAUUUCUAUGCUCUUCCCCUGCUCCCCUAUCUUUGAGAAACCCCCCCUCUGAACCCCCGUGAAGGAAAGAAAAAGACACACAAGUAAUAAGUUGUAUUUUGUCUGUCAAAGCUGCUGAAAUACUGCUGAAAAUAAAAGGGUAUCCAAUUUCA